AGAGUAGGCACACUGCAAGUUUGGAGUUGCAAGAAAAGACAUCUCCAAAAAGUAACAACGACUAAAGAUGUCCGGACGAUCAGGUCGCGCGGAGACACGAAGUCGUGCUAAAGAUGACAUUAAAAAGGUGCUGGCAGCAAUUGAAAAAGUGCGUAAAUGGUAAGUAAAACCGCGGGGAUUAUGUAAAUGAAAUGUAAACAUCUGCAACGCCACACAACAAACUUCACUCGGAAAAUAUUAGGAGGGUUGGUGAAUGACUGAAACAACAGCCAAUGGAGAGACUGGGCUGCCGAAGCCCGGUAAUUCUAUGGGCGGGACUAACGGAAUUUUUAACAAUCUGUCAAAAUGGCUACACUUGUCCACAUGUUGUUACGAUGUUACGCAUUCUGAUAUAACUGUGUGACCCACAUUGAAAAUAUAUCCAUCGUCCAUCUGAGCAGUUUCCCUCGGCGAGGUUCAGGAAUAUUAGGCAGAAAAUGCACUUGCACCAAUAAAUGAGCCAACGCCAGCAGAAUCUUUGGUUCAUGCUUUGUAUUACUGAAUGUAGUAGAUGUAUUCUCUGUUCUAUUACAUUUCAUUUUCAGGGAGAAGAAGUGGGUAACAGUGGGAGACACAUCCCUACGCAUAUUCAAGUGGGUGCCUGUGACAGACACUAAACAGGUAUGUUAUCUUAUAAUAGAUGACUGCCUCUGGCCAUUAUAUGGUUCAUUAAUUAAUUUAAUGAGUUUGUGUAUGGAACAACCACACUAUGCUGGCUCUAUUUUACUCUCUCUCUCCUUCUCUCUUUCAGAUAUACCGGAGCAAAUCCAUAACAGGAGAGGUUCGAGGUCUAAAAGAUGUGGUGUUGGAAAACACCAGCUCUACCUUGGAUUUCCAAGGUGAGGCACUGACUGACUAUGGGAAGCACAAGCAGCACUGUGUUUGGAGCAGGUUUUACAGCACUGCAAUACUCUUAAUAACAGGGUUUAGGGCAAUUCCAUGGAAAUUCACUCAAUGCAGAUUUAAAAAAUUUAACAUACUUUUUAAUUGGAAUUUUAAUUUACCUCCUGAAUUGAAAAUGAUUGACUCGAAACCAAGACUGCUCCUGUUCUCUUCACCGCAGAUGAAUGCAGCAACCAGAGUUUCCUGUCUGAUGUUUACCAGCCCAAAAUGGACAGCAGCAGCUCCAGCUCCCAGCAUGCCAGUGAGGCAGUCAGUCCUCUCCCCCACACUACAACCCUCCGCACGACCGAAGACGCUCAACCACCUAUGCUGGGCCAGGAGAGUGUGGACGGUACAGUUGGCCUAGCAUACUACACCAUCACAGUGUUUCCCAUGUAGGGCGAGGAGCUUUUCCAGACCCUGUAACCUGACUAGGAAAAACUCAGGGCCCUAGUUAUUAUGUCACUAAUGUAACUGAGGUAUACUCUAUUGGCUAUAUUACAGUUAAUAUCUCAAUGCCUUUUAAGUGUUUCACUCUAUAUGCAGAACCGGCCCAGCCAGCACAUGAAGUUGCUGAUGAGCCUCCUACAUUGAUCAAAGAGGACCUGGUUUUGCCCCUUGGUGUCAGAGUAAGAGCUCCAUGCACAGAGGUAAGUCAUUUUCUAUAUUAAUAAAGGAUAUGACAAUGUUUUGUUUUUUUAUCAAUUUUUUUUUGCUGCAAAAAAGUUGUGAUUGGUAAUUGCUUCAGCUCUUAAUAAUAACAUGAAAGAAAUCACCAAUAUUUCUAACAGGAAGAAGAGGAAGGAUCAGGAGCCCCUCCACUGAAGAAAGUUUGCACUGAAAAAAAGGCUGUACUGAGAUAACUAGUUGACUGGAUGGACAUGCAUGCAACCUAUGCACUCUCUCUUUAUUGAAGGCUUCAAAUGGGACAUACGAGUAACUGCCAAAAUAAUGG